AUGACAUAUAGGGACUACUACCUAUCCCCUGCCGUUACAUGCAGGUUGGAUCAGAACCAGAGGCUUCUCGGGUCAGCUGGGCGAAAGGCCCUGAGACUUCCGGUCACACCGUGCUCCCAGAAAGAGCGCUGGAUUUGGAGACGAAGGAGCUCUCUCGCCGAACUGCUGACCAUUCGAUCUGUCUCCCACCUCUGCUUGCUCGCGCCAUAUCUGCACCGCGUGGGCAACCAGCUGGAGAGGGAACUGGCAAGCCUCCCCUAUAAUCCUGCCGAGGGAUCCUCUGAUGUGGUCCCAGAGAGCCCCUCUCCUGAGAGGCCUACGCCAGCGACUGAACAACAAAUGUCUCCCACAUGCCUCCAAACUUCUGUGGCGGCGAUGUCAUCUCAGGAGGCUGGUUUGUCACCAGUUAUUCCUGUUAUACCAUGCACUCGCUUAGCAUGGAAAAUGAGACAAAAUGAAAGUGGCUUAGGGCCCUUCAAUCCGCAAUAUGGACCCAGUGAUGGGAAGGAAGAGUUUAAAAGUGCUGAAUCUGAGUAUGCAGCUCUGCAACAAGCAUUCAAGUACAUCAGGAAAGCAAAGAAAAAAGAAGCAACCUUGGAGAAACACUUGCAGACUGUGGAAGAUAUUGCUUGGACAUCUGGGCUAGGACCUGAAGACAUUGACACGCUAUUGGAAGUGGUACUGAGUAGUCCACUCAGAGGUGAUACGGUAAAAUCUCGGAUGUUGAAGUGCCUCAUUCCAACAACUCUGAUACCUGAAUGUGCUGUGGUUAAAGCUUUCUCCAAGCUUUGUACUCAAAAUUAUUCUAAUAGCAUCAAGGUAAUCUUUUUCCGAUGGCUGAUUGCAAUGUUUGACUUCAUUGAUCAUAAGGAGGAAAUAAACUCUCUCUAUGGCUUCUUUUUUUCCUUUCUGCAAGAGGAAAGUAUGAGUUGUUACAUCUGUCACUUAUUGUAUCUGCUGACCAAGAAGGAAAAUGUCAAACCCUUUCGUGUGAGGAGAUUGCUCGACUUCCAGUCCAAGGUGGGAAUUCAGCCUCAUCUCCAGGCCUUGUUAUCUUUGUAUAAAUCCUUUUGUCCGGACUUGAUUACCAUUUCUUUGCCUCAGAAUAGGAAGUACUACUUUAAGAAUACAGACAACAUCUGGCAGGCAGCCAUCUGUAUUGUGAAGCAAAGAAAUCGGUUACCAGAAUUACCAUCUAUGAAACUAAGUUUUGGCAUAUCUGCCAGCCAGCCUCAAAAAAAGAAAUGGAAUUCUGGCUGCAUUAUACCAAUGCCCACCAGCAGUUAUACUGGCAAGAAAGAGCAGGGGAAGGGUGGCUCAGCCAGCCUGGAUGUAAUACAGAAAGUCUUCCCAAUAGAGCAACUCCUCAUGUUCUCCCAUCUCUUGGAGAACAUUCAGGACAUUCAGCUUCCAUCCCAGAUAUGCUCGGUGCUCAAGAACUCUCCUUUAUUGCACUAUCUGAACUGUGUCCGAGAUGAGACUGUCUGGCUGAGGCUUUAUUACUGGAUGAGUCAAGUGUUAAAAGAAGGAUGUACAUGGUACAAAGUCAGUGAUUACACAACUGAAGAAGAGUUCAAGAGCUUUCUGGAUGUUGUCGGCAAGGCCCAGUGUUUCUUACAGGAGGGUUUUCCUUCCAGUGAGAUGUUCCUGUAUAGGAGCCUCCCUUUAUGGGAUGGCACCUCUUGCCGGUCAGAAUACCUGCAGCUUCUCAGCUGGCUUCCUUUGGGAAAUUUCUCUGAAAUCAGGACGCUUCUCCGUGACUCCCUGGCACCACUGUUCUUUACAUCCUCCAUUUUUCAUAAGUGUAGCGUUCUUUUUAGUCUGAAACAACUGCUACAGAACUGGCUUUUGGGGUAUGCUAUGAAGGUCAACGUGAAGACCAUGAUGAGCACUUCUUCGGACAUUACCCUGAAAGUAGUGGACUCCGUGAAUGAGCUGGUCUCCUUCGUGGGAUGGCUGUCCACAAAUGCUCUGCGCUUGGAAGAAAACAAUAGUUUCAUGUUUCACUUUAUUUUGGAUUUCUUUGAGACAGUCUCUGACAUAUAUCUGAAUUAUAACCUUCCAUUAGUGGUGAUAUUUCCACGUGGGGUCUUCUAUCCAGCACUACUCACCUUAGACUCCGUCACCCUCAACCAUCUCUGUUAUAUUAUGUACAGAUAUCGUGUCAACUUGACUGCUGCCAAGGAAAAUGAUGUGAUACGCGAGGAAAGGCAGAAGUUCAACAAGACCUACCGAAAGUUUAAUGACUAUGUGACUGCUUUGGUGGACUGCCUGUGGACAUCCACAUCCUUUGAAAAAGGCCACUUUCUCUACAUAGAUCCUGAGAUUAUGGAAAAAACGAAAAUAAAGGAUUAUAAGAAGAGUUUCAAUCUAACUAAUCAUCCAGCCUUACUGGUCUAUUCCAUCUACUUUCUGCUUCAGGGAUGGCCAGGAGAAAAGGAGCUUGCUUUGGGUACCAUUCAGAAAAAGAAAUGGAACUGGUACUUGGACUAUCUCCUUUUGGAGGAUCUGCACGGGCUUCACCUUUUCAUGGAGAGCAGCCUCAACGUUGCUGACAGUGCCUCCUCAGCUAGCUCAUACCCUGAUGCUAAGAGACCAAAGAUAUGCACAUCAGGGCCCAUUUCAGUUUAG